AAUGGCGAGCUCUCCUAUAUCUAUGCCUUUGAGUAGUAUUAAAUUUUUAAAUAUACAGAAAAGUUAUCACGAAAACGGGAUCGUAUUGGAUAAAACAGGUUAGCUUAGAUCCGUCAUGUUUCAGCGACAGAGAAAUUGGUGGACUGAAGUUAUUUGGAAACCUAAAAAAGCUCAUUCACUUGAGCAAUUGAGGUAGUUUUAAUUUUUAUGUCACAUCAGUCACAAGACACGUCGUAUUCUGCCGGACAUUUUAUAUAGUUUGGAAUGCCCCUGUACGUAUAAUUUAUUAUAAAUUGUUUUUCAGGCAGGUUUAGCCACUGUGUAUCUUACAUUUCUAAUUGAUAUUAAUUAAAUACUCAAAAUUAAUAUCAAAUAUAUAAUUCCAGAGUGGAAAGUUUGUAGGUUCCCCUGAAGAUUUUCGGCGUGGAAAAUUCAUAAAUUUGCUCCAUUUUGGCGCAGAAGUAUGGGAAAAUGAACUGGUGUGACAUACUGGCAUACAAAAAUGUAUUUUAUAGUUGUGCACACUACAACAUUUUCAACAAACUAUUUUGUUUGUAUUUCAGCCAUUUAAUUAAUGUCUCGAUCAAUUCCAUGGGUGCCCCCCCUCCCCUGGCGUUUGUCGGGCAUUUGUCAUUUUGGUGAAAAAAUGUUGCAAAUGCCCCACCAUGGCAUCCAAAUAAUGCAACAAAAUCCCCACCCUUUGUUAUUUAUUAUUUAUUUUAUUAUUAUUUUUUAUUUGGGACUUACAUUAACGCAAAUGCCCCACCCUUGGGGACAAAACAUAAAUUUUCUGAGGAUUUUUGAACCAAAAAAUGAAAUGCAGGCUCUAUCUCGUAUCAAUAUAUCCGUAUUUAAAAUGUAGCCAUUUCGUUUCAAAACAUAAUUGUUAAUUGAAAUAUUGAAGUCUCAAAACAUAAUUAUUAAUUAAAAUAUUGAAGUCUCAUGGGGGAUGGGCACCCAUGGAAUUGAUUGAGACAUAAUGCACCAAUCAAUGUUAUGCCCGACCCUAGGGAGGGCGGACAAACCCAGGGGCAUUUGACAUUUUCAAUUUUUUUGUGACAAUAGUCCCCACUAUGAAGCAGAACUUUGUGGUCAAUCAUAGUCAAAUCCACCAUCCCUGAGUUAGAAGAAAACUACAAAGAUGUUAUAAUCUGCUCAAACAAUUUAUUUAUAUUUAUAAGGCGUAAAAAAAAAUACCUGUGGUUCCGAUUUCAUAUCGUGAAAAAAUUAGGGUCAGUAGGUCGGAAAUAAAUUUUUUUUUUGAAUAUUUUUUUCAUGGUUUUGGCGGUUUUUUGCUGUGCGAUUUGCAGUAGAGUCCCGACAUCAAUAUUAACUUGAGAUGCGUAUUUCCUAUGGAUGAAUUUAGGCAGUUUGGUUCAAUAAUUAGUGUGACAACAGACGCCAUUUUGGCACACUGUAUGAACAACCCGCAACCACCUGGAGAAAAUAGGGUUGCACGGUCAAUCAUAGGGUCGGCAGAAAAAAAUAGGGUCGAUCGCGAACCGGAACCACAGGGUUUUUUUUUACGCCUAAUAUAGCAUUUGUAAAUUCUGAAUGCUAUAGAUUGGCUAAGAGCCAUGUUGUUAUAACUCAAUAUAAACACAGAAAUUUCCAAUUGGAUUCAAUUGUAAUAAUUAUUUUCUCUUUUCUUAUUAUUUAUUUCUUAGUCUAUUAAUUAAAUUAUGUAUUAAAAAGACAAAAGUUAAAAAGAUUUUAUUUUAAAAAGUCACAAAUGAAGAGAUGCUUGUAAUGUUACUCUGAGUGUAUAUCCAAACCGGGCAAGCUUGAAAAAAUGAAGAGAUACUAUUCAUGAAUUCACCUUGCGAUUUUCCUGAAAUGAGAACACAUCAGAAACUUUAUUAUGAAUCCUGGUUGUGCAUCUAGUUUAAAAUUAACGACAGUUUAAUCAUUUACAGAAUAAUUGGAAAUUACAAAAUAAUGAUAUUGUUUUUAUAAUGAUGUCGUGUUGGUCGACCACAAUGCGCCCUAGUUAUUUUUUUUUACUUGUCUAGUGCCAGACGAUUUUAAUUGUCAAUGGGGAAGCUCUGCAGCUUAAUGGGUUAAUUUAACAAAUUUAAAAUGGAUUAAUUUCUCUGGGUUAAACAUUGCUAUCAAAUGGGGCGGGGGCUUAUAUACUUGGAUACAUUUAAUGUAUGUGCACUAUUAAAUUGCUGUACUUUAUUUGUUAGAUAUCAUCAUUAUAUCCUAACGAAAAAUGCAGUUGUCACUGAUCAAAACCGUUCAUUAUUGGUUGAAACACUUCGAUCUAUUGCGGAGAUCCUUAUUUGGGGAGAUCAAAAUGAUAGCACAGUGUUUGAGUAAGUUCAUGUGAUUCUUAAUUAGAGAGUUUAAGAUCAUUCUAUGACGUGGCUGGCUCAACGAUGCAGUCUGAGUUUUAGCUCUGGAAAUUACAGUGGUCUGGAAAUUACAGUGUGAAUAUUAUUGUGGGAAACUGUCCAAUAUUGUACUAGUUAUUGAAUAUGAUAAUCUUGAUUUGUAGCUUCUUCUUGGAAAAGAACAUGCUUCUAUUUUUCUUGAAAAUCUUGAAUCAGAAUCCUGGGACAUAUGUUUGUGUCCAGUUAUUGCAGACAUUGAAUAUUCUCUUUGAAAAUAUCCGACAUGAAACUUCGCUAUGUAAGUUACUACAGUAUGAGAUGAACAGUGCAGACAAGGCAAUUGUUUUUAUGUGAAAUGCAUCCUGAUGAAUAAUGGUAGACUUUUUUAUUUUAAUCCUUAAUAUCUUUACUUCAUUUAGAUUACUUAUUAUCUAAUAACCAUGUCAACUCAAUCAUUAUUCAUAAAUUUGACUUCUCAAAUGAAGAGGUAUUCUGUUUAAACAUUUGAUCUUAUUUCUCUUGUUUAAUCCCUAUUUUAUUAUUUCACUCUGCUUAAUGCCAGACAAUUUUACUUGUGAAAUGGAGCAGCACCGGCACUCAAUGGGUUAAACAUUUCCUGCAGCUAUCAUACACUCAACACUUAUUUUUUGCCCAGUGAGCGCCAGCACUUCCCUUGAUGAGUAAAAUCAUAAAGUGGGAUAGCAAUGAAGCUUUGCUUAAUGUUAAAGUACUAAAUGGGAUAGCCUGGAAACAGACCUACUGUACGUUUUGCCCGCCCUAAGCGUAGGUCUGUUUUCAGGCUAUAAAUGGGAUUGAAUGUAAUUUGUUUAGAUUUUGGCUUACUACAUUUCAUUUCUAAAGACUUUGUCCUUGAAGCUUAAUCUUCAUGUCAUUAAUUUCUUUUUUAAUGAGGUAUGUAGAGCUUUGCUUACUUUCUCAAGUAGUUGAGCAUACCUGAUAUAUUGCUACUUUGUUUAGAGAAAGAAUGAUUAUGCCCUUUACACUGAAGCAUUAAAGUUUUUUGAUCACAAAGAAAAUAUGGUUCGCAUUGCUGUUCGUACAUUAACAUUGAAUGUUUUUAGAGGUAAAUAGAAUAUUCUAUAUCAAAAAGACACAAAAAUGCAAGGGAAAAUAAUAACAAGACAUAGCCAGCUCAACAGCAUUCUGAAAUACGAUAUUUAUUGUUUUACCAAUACACUGUGUUAAUGUAUCAUGACUUAAACAUAUUUUUUCUAGUGAAUGACAAAGCAAUGCUGAACUUCAUUGUGAACAAAACUGCAAAUGCUUAUUUUUGCAAUCUCAUCUGGUAUAUUGGUAAUCAUGCCAUAGAACUGGAAAAAUGCUCUAUUACAGAGUCUGAGUAUGUUGGAGAAAUCUUAAAUUACAAAAAACAGACACACAGACAGGCUACAUUGAGGAAACAGGCAUAUGGACAAGCAAUGGCCUGAUUUUAUGUCUGUUUAUCAGCGCAGCCUGUCUGAAUGUCUGUUUGUUCAUGUAGUUUGUAUAGGCUCGGUAAAAGAGUAAGAACAAUUCAAUUUAUUAGACAACAUAUUUCUUUUGCAGUCACUUACACUGUGGACGUUUAAAGGACCUUGUAGCAGACCAUCUAGAUCACCUUCAUUAUAUCAAUGAUAUCUUGUGUUUAAAUAUUGUGGAAUUAAACGAAAUAUUGACAGACUUUUUACUGGAUAGAUUGAUCAUUCCACUCUACCUUUAUUCACUGGUUACUGAUGACACUGCAAAGGUUUGCUCAUACUUUUAUCAUGUUUGAAAAGUGAUAUGAUAGUGAAAGCUGUUUUUUUUUCAGUUGAGUGUAAUGAAACAAAUCAUGUUUGAAAAGUGAUAUGAUAGUGAAAGCUGUUUUUUUUUCAGUUGAGUGUAAUGAAACAAAUUUUGUUUUAGGAGAAUAAACCACAUAUAUGCAAGCUUUUUGCUCUUUAUCUUAUUUCACAGGUUUGUUAUAAAUGUUGAUUCACUACCUUCAGUCACACUAGCUUAAAUUCACUUUUAAUAAGUAAAAAGAUUCUCAGAAACUUUUAGAAUUAGCAGUCUCCUCCACUACUUACCAGUGUCCUCUGCUAUUUACCAGUGUCCUCUGCUACUUACCAGUGUCCUCUGCUAUUUACCAGUGUCCUCUGCUACUUACCAGUGUCCUCUGCUAUUUACCAGUGUCCUCUGCUACUUACCAGUGUCCUCUGCUACUUACCAGUGUCCUCUGCUAUUUACCAGUCUUCUCCCAGUUUCUUCUGCUACCACGUACCCAAUAUCUUCUGCUACCUCCAAUUUUGUUCUUCUCAGACAGUGGUCUUAACUAAACUGAUUGCCUUCAUCAACCUAGAUAUUUCUGAUUAUCAAACAUCCACCAUUGGUUUCGACUUUGACUGAUGUUAUAUUACAAGGAGAGGAACUGACCAGUUCACCUGUUCAGUCACCAUCUAGUCCACGCAAGGUACAGAUACAUGAUUCAAUAUUGAAACGCUGAAAGUGAGGUGCUAGCCUAGUGUAAUUACUAUAAUAAAUCACUUCACUGGGUGUUAUUUCUCUCUAUAGCAUGGAUAUGGUGUACGAUCAUUUACUGCUCCAGCAGACAGUUUAGAGCAAGCGUUGUUAGCUUGUGGUAUCAAUAAUGAAGGAUACACAAUCACAAACAGAUUAAAUGAUCUUGCAAGACAACGUUCAAGACAUGUUGCAAACUCGAAAUUUUAUACGAAAGGUAAAUUACUGUCUUUUGCUGCUGUAAUUUGCAACAGUUGAAACACUGCCUCACAUUCAAUGUUUGUAAGACUCGCAAGCUACUGAGUGAGAUCAUUAAAACCUGGCAAAUGUUCUGGAUAAAAAAAAACGUGUGUAUGGGCAAUGUUUCUUCAGCGACCGUUCAUCUUUUAGAAAGCAUUCCAGUCAACUUUAGAAAUACCAAACCAAAUGCAUCUUGUUCAAUUUUCCAAACACUCCAUUUUCUGACCUUUCUUAAAGCUGGCAAUCAGGAGAAAAAAUGGCGACCUGACGAGGCAAGACAGAAAGCACGCCGGGAAGAAACUGAAAACGACGUCAACGUUCCUGAAAAUGACGUCACCUUAUCAGAAAAUGACGUCAGCUUUUCAGAAAAUGACGUCAUUCGUAGUGAAUCACCAAAAGGUAGUUAGAUCAUAUUUACUGUUGAAAUUUCAUUUUAGUAUUUGAUCAAUUUUUGUUAAGAUUAUUGCCGUUAAGGCUAUAGUAAUCUCACAUGAGUGAUUAUUUUAGGGGCUUUAAGUGAUUCUUGUCCAGUGCCUAUGAAUGAUACGCCACUGGGUCAGGUGACUGGUGAUGACGAUGAUGGCGAUGGUUUGAUGAUGACCAAGGAAACAUCCAACGAAGUGAAAGGUUAUUAGCGCCAAUCAAGAUUCACGAAUGUUUAUUGUUUUAUUUCUUGACUAUUUUUUUGUUGCAGGUUUUACAACGGAGGAGUCGGCCAUUCCAAACAGUGUAAAAGUUUCUGAUGUUGCUCCACCUCUUCCUAAGGUAGCAAGAUCUUUUCAUGACUUUCGCUAAUGUUUAGAAAUAAUGUUCAAAAUGAUUUCUUAUCUAGAGUCUUCUUGUUCGCCCUGCAGAGUUUAAACCAAGCAGGUAUUUGAAAAUUAUAAAUUCUUGCAUCAAAUUGUUUUUAUUUUAUUCCUUACAGUUUGUAAAAUUUGUUCGUUUUUUAAGGAUGUAUUUCCAGACUUUGAUUAAGUCGCUGGACUGUAGCCAUGACGAUCGUGAAGCAUUAUUUACAUUGUGCUUGUUUCAUUCUCUGAUCAAAAAUCAAGGUGAGAUAAUAUUAUAUGUUAUAUUAUAUGUCGAUGUUUGUAAUGUAGAAAUUGUGCAUAAAAUUAUCUCACAACAAAUGUAUGUCUGACCUGGAACAGAUUUUAACGUUUGGACAUUACGCCGUUUGUUUAUCCCCCGUUGGUCACUGAGAACGUCCUGUGCAACCUCACAGGCCAGACCCUCCAGCUAGGUUGCUUCCUAUGGUGUUUCAACAUAAAUCAAACCACAGCAGCUUAAUGUAGAAUACUAUAUCUACACUAUUGUCUUUUAUGUUUUAUUCAGGUGUAGAUCCUGAUCUCUUACGAUAUAUUGGUCUGUUCCCAAGCCAAGUUAGUAACCAUCGAUUGUCUGUUUUUCUGCUUUUACUCUUUGAUGAUCUUGAUAUAUUUCAUGUUUUAGCAAUCAGAUAAUUAUAACGAUGAUCUAAUUCAAGCUUUAAUUAAAAUCAUGGAACAAGCUUCAAAACAUGGUAAAUAUCUGACAGUUGGAGAUGCAUGCCGUUGCCUGAACUGUCAUAUUUUUGUUGUGUUUGACAAGUGUUUAAUAUCCAUUAUGUUUGCCUCGUUAGUCACAUUUUCCGUCGAGAUCAUUCAUUUGGUUUAUUUUCUUUAGUGAAUAAAGUACGUUUGGUGACUCUACAAAUGAGCGUAAUUUUACUCAAGCAACUUGUGUAUAAUGGUCAUCCAGGUCAAUCAGUUUUAAAAGACGUUCAUCUCGCCUUGCUGGAGGUAAGUGACGUCUUUUCUUGAACUGAAAAUAGUCUGUGUCAUAAUUGACUUUUGGAUAUUAUUUCCAGAAUGUCCGUGAGUCUUGCACGUUGGAACUACGUAAUUACUACAAGGUCAGUUCACUAAAUUGUCAUAUAUUUAGUAUGUGUAUAUAAUUCAGUGUUAUUUUGUCACGAUUCAGUCAUCUUAUUUUUCACAUUUUGAAAUGUGUCUUCAGAGUGAUGAUAUAUUUUUGGACAUGUUUGAAGCAGAGUAUAGGCAGAUGAAGGUCAGUGUUGAUUCUCUUUUACUUCGUUACGGAGUUUCAGUAAUCUGACGUUGUUAGGUAUAACGAAUUGCAGCACCUAUAUCUCAAUUUAUUUGCCAUAAAAUAGAAGACCACUACACAGAAUGAAAAAAGUUAUCACUAUUUUUUCUCACUCUGGUGACUGCAUGUUUACUGCCAUUUGCUGCACGACGAUGUCGAUGGUGCUUAAUAAAACCCAUCUUUUUUGUGAUUAUGUAUGGAACUAUAUUCCUAAUAUUUCAGGUGAAACCUUUGAACGUGGAACAUCUAAUGAUGGAUGCCUCCUUACUCCUUCCAGUAACUGCCACUCCUCUGACUGGUAUCGAGUUCUCUAAACGACUGGCGUGUGGCGAAGUGGAACAUACUCAGAGGGUAAGAACAUAUUUACUGUUUCUUAUUACAAACCAAUCAUUGUCUUGUGUAUACAGAACAAGUGGUCUAAGCACAGCAGAUGGUGGUCAACUUGUAGUUAGAAAGGUAAAAUAGAGAGAUUGAUAUAUGGGCACUGCAGAUGGAAACCGUCGAGUGGAAAUUUAUAUACAUUUCGUAGACCUAAACAGGAACAGAAGCGAAAAAUGUAACUUUAGGUCCCAGGGAGGAAUCGAACCUGUGGCCCUGCGAUUCCGGUGCAACGCUCCAAGCCUCCAACUGAGCCACAGAGGCUGCCUCCUCCGCAGGCCCUCGUUGCGUCAUGGGAAGGUCACGAUCUGGCGAGGGCCUGCGGAAUCUUGUAAAAAAAAUGGCGCCGGCGUCACGUCAGCAAGUAAAUUUCUACAUAAUCUUGAAUGUAAACAAGAUAUAAAAAAGCGGCGUGAAACUUGUAAAUUAAACUGGCGACUCUUAGGACGUGGAAGGAAGCAUUUUUUAACGAUAAGGUUUGUUGUCCACACCAACGUUGCAAGAAUAAAACUGCCUUCUUUAACGAAGCAGGUUCAAAACAACAUUUAUUCAUUUUACAAGAUUCCGCAGGCCCUCUCGAAAUCGUGACCUUCCCAUGACACAACGAGGGCCUGCGGAGGAGGCAGCCACAGAGGCCAGUUGUCGAGCUAGAUCUAAUCACAAGUUCAUGUAUAUAUAGUAGGGGCGCUUUCCAUUACAGGUAAACUACGUGAAGCGUUCCUCUUUUGAGUUCCUAACUCAUUCGGAAUUUUCAUAAUCAGCUUUGCAAAUUUGAAAAACUCUUUGCAAAUCCUUGAGGGAAUUUGCAAUUUUCCUGUCGGCCGUUGCAAUAUUCCGACGCAAAGAAAGUUCCUUUCAAAUUUUCCCAACUUCCUGUUUUAAUUUCCUGACUUCCUGUUCUGUUCUGAGCGUUUUCAUUGGCGGAUUAUUUUUGUUAGCCAAUUACAACGCGCAGAACAGAACAGGAAGUUAGGAACUUGUAACAGGAAGUUAAGAACUUCUAAUAGGAACUGAGGAAAAUUUAUUUGGCUCUUAAGAACAUUGCAAAUUCCCUCAAGGGAUUUGCAAGGGAGUUUUUCAAAUUUGCUAAGGUAAUGAGGAAAAUUGCAAUCAAGUUAGGAACUUCAAAGAGGAACGCUUCACGUAGUUUACCUGUAACACGGCCAGAACGGUCAAAUUGUUUGAAUGAAACACAAAACAUUUGGGCUUCGGACCUAUCUGACCAGAAGUUUUAGAUAACAUUAGAAUGAAGUCCAUUUUCGCUAGAUAUUUGAGAAACAUACACCAGAUCUUUCCAUUGACACAGAGAAAAGAACUCUGGUCUGACCGGUCAGGCCAUUAAAUGGAAAGCGCCCUAGGGUACUGCCAUGUAUAGGGUAAAUAUCACCUAAAGUGGCAUUUUGUGCUUCUGUUCCUGGUUAGAUCUAAGAAAUGAACAUAAAUUACUCGACGGUUUCCAUCUGCGGUGCCCAUCAAAUAUUAUUCAUUCCAGCGAGAUGCCACUAAAAUCUUGAGAUUGAUUUAUGAGCUCCCACGAGUGUGAACAUUUCUGAAGUUGACCACUAUCUACCGUCCAGUGACGCUUAUUGAAAGUUCUCAGUGCAAAGAUAUGAACAAUUCAUUUGUGUUCUAGACAGUCCGUGUAUUUCUCAUGGUCCGAGAGUUGAGUCUAACAGUGCGUCGUGAACCUGAGCGUCAGUUACCUCUCUCAAAAGUUGAAUAUUCUGUUAAAGAAAACGAAGUUCUUGAUUUGAGUAUGUAGAAAUCUGCUUCGUAAAUAUUGUCUAACGGUAAAAUGUUGUUCUGUUGUUACAAACAAUACACAUUUAUUUUCUAGAUAACAGCGAUCUCAUAUCUUGCACCGUGGUUGAUGAAAAUAGGUAUGUAUGUUUUUGUACUUGAGUUAUUUGGUAUUUAAAGUCGGGUGUCCAUUUGUUCACAGCUGUCGUGACCAAAUCAUGGUUGCUGGCAUUAAGUUUUCUGAAUCUAUGUUGUCAUUGAUGCACUGUAUGAACUGUAGAUCAAUUUUUACUGAUUGAAAUCUAUUACAUUACAUGCGAAAUAGUCUGGAUCUAUCUUGAUGUGGUUGCACCUUCAUAGCCAAAUGAAAACCAGACUAGAAAUCAUGUGAAUAGUUUCUCAUGUAGUUUUAUGUAUUCAGGACAUUACGUCGUUUUCUGGUGAUUGACGAAGCCCAGUUUAUCUUGGUUGAGCCUGACACCACAAGAUUAGGGUGGGGAGUUGUUAAGUUCGUUGCCUUGUUGCAGGUUAGUCCGAACUUCGCAUUUUACUUUUCUACUUUAAUACUGAACAUAUAGAGAAGCUGCUUGUCCAUCUCAUAAAUAUUUGUUAAUGAGUGAUUGGUAAUAACUUUCUGCAAAUUUCUCACAUUGAAAUGAAACGUUUCACCGAUCGAGAUAGGUGUAGUUCUUAAUUUCUUAGAAUGGUAACAUCUGCUUUCUCGUAAUUAGGACGUCGAAAUAUCUCCCGACAAAUACGACAGUCGUUCAUUAUUUAUAACGAUCCAUCAACCUUUCGCGAGGUCCACGCGUGGCCCACGCAGACCCUUGAUGACUGCCAAGUUUAUGUUUGAUGAUUACGUCCGCUGUAUGUCUGCUAAACAACGUCUGCAUCGCAGGCGCACUUCAUUACGUCAUAUUAAACUUCAACGUAUUGCGCAACUUUUGGAAGUACCAAUCAUGGCUAGUCCAGCUCCACACUUCUUUCCUAUCACUCCCCCGUCUUUCUCGCAACCAAGUAUUGCUAGUCCACAAGGUUUCAGAAGCCAUCCGGGGGGAGCGGUUGCUGUUUCUGAUAUUAGUUUGGAUAAAUCACUUUCACAUGAGAAAACAAUAGAUGAGUCUGCAAACAUCGAGGUGUCAGCAGACACUGCCAUGAAGGAUCAUCGUAUGGCUGCUCCAGAGUCUUGUUUACACCCGUCCCAGACCUCUGGAGAUCAAGCUCGUGCUCUUGCUAGCGUCCUUGAUAUCUCUGACCAGCGGAAAACUCCAGAAAGUGAUGACGUCAUUGAACUUGCGUCGGACGUUCUCGACACAUCUUCGUGGAGUGACGGCAUGUCUUCAGAACAUUCUGGGGCCGCAUUGUCUGAUAGGAAGUAUCCAUCUGCACCCGCAACUCCCAGAGGACAGCGGCGUUUUGGGAACUCAGAAUUUCAUAUUGUAGAAUGGAGAGUUUCGGAUUUGAAUAGAAAUAAUUCCAUGUCUGAACCGAGCUUGUUUCUACAAGCAAGUGAAGGGAAUGACUUGCAGGAAGACAGUAAAACAUCAUAAAUUUAAUAAAGAAAUAUAUUUAUUCAUACAUUAUACAUAAAAUGACUUUAAUACGAAGAUUAAUGAGACGACGUUAUAUGUACUUGCGUAAAAUAUGCAAUUUUGUUUUGAAUAAUUUGGAAUAUGAAAUGUAGCAAAAAGACCUCUUCGUGUUUCAGCAAGCUGAACGAAUUUUUAAUAAAAUAUUUUAAAUGUGAUGUUAAUGAUGAAACUACAAUGAUUAUGUUUAUGACGUCACAAACACGCAGGCAAACCAGUAAAACAGUUCAACAAUGUUUUUAAUGACACAGUACAAAUUUCAUUGUACAGUUAUUAAUUUAUUUACGUAAAUAAAUAAUUUAUGCAUAUAUACAAUAAGAUAUUUUAUUUAUAUGAUCAUAUAAUUCAUCUCUAGAAUGUUCGUUCAGUUCACUUUGCCCAAUUGAACGACGAUAUAUUAUCCUAAUUACUUAUCUAGUUCUAAUUACUAAUUAACGAAAUCUAAUUACCAUAUCUAUUGUACGAAGCGAAAUCGUCUGUGAGGUAAGCAAGCUCAGGUGUUUCCACCUAACAAAGCAAUUCUAGUUAUUUCAUCGGGUAUUAUAUUGAGUAUGGAUAUUUCCUCAUGAAUUUCUCCACUGUGUUUGGCAAAGGUAGUUGCGAUUGUUCGUCUUUAGUCAACGUUCUGUUCACUGCACGACGACAUAGAUGUUGUAAUGUUGGAACUUUGUUAAAAAGUGGUUUCUCAAGUCUUAUUUCAGCGUCUCCCACUUCUGAUCUUGCCAAUACUUUGCGUUUAUCUUGUUUAUCCUGACUCACAGCCGCGUAAUAACAUAUUAACUUCACAACACAAUCGAACUUUGGAAUCUCACUGAGGCUCGUUUCAAAACAGUCGAACAUGAACUUUCCAUAUGAAAAUAACACUCUAAUGUUGAGAAUAUUUGUCUGUAGUCUGACGGAAAGUGAGAAAUAAUAACGUGAGUCGGAGCUAUCGCGUAAUAAGAACGUUCCUACGUCAGCUUGUUCUAACGCUGAAGUUGCCUCUGUUUUGCUAAUUCGUCCCCAGUACCAACCAGUGUUCUCAAGACGGUCCAUUGAUACUUGAAACAGAGUACUGAUACAUUCAUGACUCGGGAGUCUGGAGUAAUACACGCCUUUUGAAUCUUUUCUUUUGCGAUCUGAAAAAAUAAUAGAACUAUAUAUUAG